GACUGAAGAUGCAUCUGAUUCUAUUUUAAGGCACAAUGCUAUGUUGUGAAUGCUGAGGUCCUUGGUGCUCCCUAAGUUUGGUUGUUUCCUUGCAGACAUUUUAUUACCAAACUAGGUAACAUCAUCAAUGGUAGUAGGGAGUGGAGUUUUACAUACUGGUAGCUUGCCUGUCAGUGUUGGUAGGAGUCGUCUUGGUGGUUCUUUGACUGGCUGUUGUUUUCUGUUAGAUUGUUUGUUUGGGUUAGUAGCUCCUUAAUCGGGGUAUUGUUUGCAUCUUGGUUGUUAGUCUAUAGUAGUGUUAAUCUUGGUGUUAAUCUCUGCUUUAGAUCAAGCAAGCAAACAAUACCACAAUCAAGGAACUUCCAAAGACAAACAACCUAACAGUAAACAGCAGCCCAAUCAAGGAAUGACCAAAACCACUUUCCUCUCCAGCCUUGGCUUUUAUCAGUUUCUCGAGGGAUGGGGCCGAUUCCAGAAAAGGGUUUGUAGAUUAAAGUCAUUACAUCAAAUGUUAUGGCAAGCCCCCAGAAGCCAGGAUAGGACUCGGUUUGAAGAAGCACAACGUCCAAAUGAUCAGCCUCUCUACCUGCCUUUUUUCUCUUUUCAUUUUAAGACUCCCCUGGACAAGGAGAUAGUGGAUUGGUCUGGCUUCUUGUGCUUCCUGUAGUGUUGGUGCUUGCAGCAUUGGUUCUGGGCAUGUGUUGGAAAAAAAACACAAACUUCAGAAAUGCUUGCAGAGGUUUCUGGAGCAGCAAGCGUACCCAAUUCCUCCAAUAUCUGCAGAAGAGGUCCAGUCCAGAGCCAAGGGAAGUACGGGACAACAUGUCGAACAACCAAAGGGAGGAAUCCCAAAUUCUUUCGCCCAGUUGUAGCACUGCCAAUGGACAAGCACUGGAAAUAAGGAUUCCGUUAAGAGAUUCCCCACCAGAGGAGGAGGGUCGAGAAUAUGCAGAAAUGAGAACAUUGGUUCCUGUGAAUUGCAGAAACUCAGCAGAAG